UUGACACGGUAGCAGUGGCAGAAGCAGCGGAAGGGGAAGUAGAAGUAGAAGUAGGAGUGGAUGUAGAAGCGGAAGCGGACGUGCACCAUCAGCACCUCCACCAUCACCUCCUUCACCUCCUCUUUCACCUCCUUCUCCUCAAGUACCGCUCCCUUGGAAACUCAUUACCAAGACCCACUACCGAAACGAAGCGAGAUGGAGUGAAACGGUUAACCAAGGAAACCGACUCCGCCAACGUCCAGCUGCCGCUAAUGGCGUCGAACAGACACAAUGUUGCGGUCUUCUACCUCCGUACAGUUGGUGAAAUCACAGUCCCAGUUUCAGCAGGGGUAACCGGUCGUCAACAAAUUCGGAAGGGAGAAGGUGAGGAAAGAAAGGCAGAGACGAUGAGAGGUGUUGAGCUUUUUCUUUACACUUGUUCUUCAGUGUGUUUUGGUGAGUGGAAUGCUCUUUUCUUGUUUUCAAUUCACAUCAUUUCCCUUUCCUUCGAUUCGUUUUGCUUCCUCUUCAUCUAUGUUACAUUGUAUUCUUCGUUGAUUUACCUACCUUCCUUUUUUCUUUCCUCGUUUAUUGUUCAUCUUGUUCGCUUUCUCUCAGCCAUUCCCUCUUCUCUCUCCUCUUUUCUUCUUUCUCCAUUUCUCAUUCCUUGGGUUCUCCAUCGCCUCUUCCUUUCCCCUCACUCCUUCCUUUCCUGUCCCAUUCUCUAACACCCCUUGCCCUCAUCUCAUUAUAGGUCCCUCUUCAUCUUCCUCUGGAAUUCCAAAAAUCGGACCAAGUAUGCGUAUGAACGGGAGAG